UCAGUGUUUGAACAAGGAAAGAUUCCCAGGUGUACAGAAGAUUGGAUUUGCUAUUAUUUGGGUUAAAAACGGUGAAAUGAGAUUUCUAAAGCUUGGGGUCUCCAGCUCGCCUUCUGUUGCACUUGAUCUCUACAAGAUGGGUGAGUUAUUCCCAUUAAAGAGAAAGGGAGUGAAAAUUUAAGGAGAAAAAGAAUUAUGUCUGAAUGUAUAACUACUGAUGCCGGGGAUACGAUUCGUACGAAGCUGCUGAGCUAAAAAAUCUCAGCUCCGACGAGGAGAUCGGGCCAUAUGGCAGAGAAAUGGUGCAGCCCGAAAGCUGUUGACAACAGUUAGGGGCUGCUUUCCUCUCCCCGUGUAAGGUGUGUAGCUCCUCCGCCCCUCCGCCCCUCCGCCCCGGUUUGUUUUGGUUCGGUUUCCCCGACCUCCCUCCCCUCCCCGGUCCUCAUCAUCCUCUCCGCCAGCCGUAGCCCUGCCUGCCUUCAUCUUGCAGAUGGCUAACGUGCCGCCGUGUUAGGAAAACUGUGCACAACACAUCCCAGCGCCGGGGACGGAGGAAGCUUUUCAGCUGCCGGCGGAAGGGGGGGCAGCAGCGUGUGUGUGUGUGUGUGCGUGGAAGAAGGAUGCCGCGGCCGAGGGCAGCCCCCCGCGCUGCCUAGCGGGCGGUGCGCGGCCGGCGGCGGCUCCUGCCGGGCUGCGGCUGCUCCCGCCCGGAGCCUCUGCCCGGCCCGGAGCCGGGGGCUGCUGGGGCGCUGCCCGAGCGCGCCGGGGAAGGAAGGCAGCGCGACAUUCGGCUGCCUGGGUGACAGCGCCUACGACAAAAGCGGGAGAGUGAAUGGCAAGGCUGGCAGAGAGAAGCCGAGGUGUCUCCGAAGCCAAGAUGCCAGCGGCUGUCAGCGCAGUCUGCUGAAGGAGAGACCCGUGCGUGCCCGCCUUCCCAGAGCCAGCCGGGGUGGGGAUGUUUUAACCACGAUUUCAAACAGCAGCAGCAGCAGCGGCAGCAGCAACAACAACAACAGAUUGCUCCCCCCCUCUCGCUCCCUCCCUUUCGACCCCGCUUUAAACCCAAGCAAGUGACCGACCGUCCAGACGACGAUGCUCUUGCUGAGCUACUGACAAAGAAAAAGCAAGUCACCCAUUCCUGACAUCGGGACAACUGGCUGCUUGCAUGUGGGAGAUGUCAGGCUGUUGAACUUUUCUGUCCUGUGAUGAUGCUCUAGUGAGGUUGCUGAUCUGAAAGCCAUCACUUCUGCAUUUCUGAGUGGGCCAGAUUGAAAGAGAUUAAUGGACUGAUCAGCCGUCAGGUCUCUGCAGGGGGAUUCAUCUCUUCAGCCCCUGUCACUCGGGUGCUCGCAGUGAGGGGGUCACUGGUGAGAGGCUGUGUUUCUCCUCACCGCGUCUCCUCUGCAGAGAAGAGGCAGAUGAGACUCCAAGACUGCCUCCAGGGCAGAACUUUGUAGUGCUCUCAGCAUCCCUCUGCAGCGUGGAUGUGAGCCACGGGAGUUGGGGAUGUUUGAGGCAGUCUGUGCCAAGUGACACCUAGCAGCUGCUCUGGUGGUUUUUGCGUGGUCUCACCCCCAACGGCUUUGCCUGUUGUGAAGAUGUCCAUGGUGUUUCUGUGAAGCUGAGGCAUGGCUGCUGGAAGGUUACUGCUCUAUGCUGGCCUCUCUUUAGCUCUGUGUGCCCUUGGCAUGCUGGCUGUGGCAAUCUGCUCUGACCAUUGGUACGAAACCGAUGCCAGGAAGCACAGAGAGAGGUGCAAGAGCAUCACCACUAAGAGAAAUGAUCCUGGCUUCAUUUAUAACUCCAACAACAACCUGCCUCUCAGGGCCAGCAGGUCUAGGUUGGACCGCUGGGAAGGGAAACUCCUCUUGGCAAGAAACAGGAGGCAGAUCUUUGCUAUGAGCGCAGUCGACGAGUGCAACAGACAGUACAACUCCACCAAUAUGGGGCUCUGGAGGAAAUGCCACCGACAAGGAUUCGACCAGGAGCUGGAGGAGCUGAUUGCCAAAGGAGCAAUUGAGCGGUGCUCGUACAUCAAGUACCACUACUCCUCAGCCACCAUCCCCAAGAACCUUACGUACAACAUCACCAAGACAAUCCGCCAGGAUGAGUGGCACGCCUUGCAUCUGCGCAGGAUGACAGCUGGCUUCAUGGGCAUGGCUGUGGCCAUCAUCCUCUUUGGAUGGAUUAUCGGUGUUCUGGGGUGCUGUUGGGAUCGAGGCCUUAUGCAGUAUGUGGCAGGGCUUCUCUUCCUCAUGGGAGGAACCUUCUGCAUCAUUUCACUGUGCACGUGCGUGGCUGGAAUCAACUUUGAGCUCUCCCGCUACCCCCGCUACCUGUACGGACUUCCCGACGACAUCAGCCAUGGCUAUGGCUGGUCCAUGUUCUGUGCGUGGGGGGGCCUGGGCCUCACUCUGAUCUCUGGCUUCUUCUGCACUCUGGCCCCUUCUGUCCAACCUGUCCCCAGGACCAACUGCCCCAAAUCUAGACCUGAGAAUGGGACAGUGUGCUAA